GACUGUUAACACGCGAAGAAAGCUUAAGGAUCUCUUUCCAAUCUGAUGGCUGUGAGCCGAUUCGCUUCCUUCAAUUUCCCAUUCUCCCUCAACACGCGGCAGUUGCCGGCUCUCUCAAACCCUACCUUAUCUUUCCCAUUUCAAACCUCCAGGUUGCCCAAGUUUACCAACCUGCUACUUCUGCGUCGAAAGCAUCUGAUUAUACCCUUUUGUGCGUUUCACUCAUUGUCUAUGGAAACUCCUCCCCAAGGCUAUAGAAGAAAUGUGGGCAUUUGUCUCAUCAAUCCCUCUAAGAAGAUUUUUGCCGCUUCGAGGCUCGAUAGACCAUCUUCGUGGCAAAUGCCGCAGGGUGGUAUUGAUGAGGGUGAAGACCCAAGAGAUGCUGCAAUCAGAGAAUUAAGAGAAGAAACUGGAGUUAAUUCAGCUGAGCUUCUAGCUGAGGUGCCAUAUUGGCUGAAAUAUGACUUCCCACCCAAAGUGAGGGAAGAUCUUAAUCGUCGGUGGGGAUCAGACUGGAAUGGUCAAGCACAAAAAUGGUUUCUUCUUAAGCUCACUGGAAAGGAGGACGAAAUCAAUCUUUUGGGUGAUGGGACAGAAAAGGCUGAGUUUGGCGAGUGGACGUGGAUGUCACCGGAAAGAGUAAUUGAGCUUGCGGUGGAUUUCAAGAAGCCUGUUUACAAGGAAGUUUUGAAGUUCUUCAGCCCCCAUCUUCAAGAUUGAAGCAUUGACUGCUUGAAUUUCUCUUUGUAUCUGUGUUGGUAUUUGAGAAGUAAGCUCAAUGACGAAAGGGAAAAUGGUGUGGUUCCUAAUCACACAUGUAGUCGUUCUGCAAGUGCUUCCUUCAAUAUGAACCAUUGUUAAAGCAUUAUUUCUCUUUGGCUAUCUUGUGAACACCCAAAAAUAUUAGAGCUUUUGGUCAAUUUGUCAUGUACAUUGUACAUGAAAAAGUGCCUUGUACCUGAAAUUGUAUGAGUAAACGAUACUGAUUAAAUAAAAAUAUUAUAUAUAUAUAUAUAUAUAUAUAUAUAUUAAUUUU